UGACGUGGGUUGGCCAUGGAGGCUCUGGAGGGUGAGGAGUACGGUGGGCAAUGGGGGAAACCAAGGCUUGGCCUGCCCAAAAGUCCUGGUGGUCCGAACGUGGCCUGUGGAGGAUGCGACCCGGCCUGUUACGCUAUGAUGCCCAGGCUGACAGCGCGAGGGAAGAGUCAGUCCGGCCCUCUCCCAGCCGGGCUCUACGCCUUAUAAAUUAGCCUGAGCCGGGGUGGGUGGGUAGGGGGAGUGUAGUGGGAUCGUUCAGCCUCGAACACCGCGCCGCGCCUUUACAGCCCGCGCUACAAAGCAUUGUAAACGAGGAAGCGUACGCAUCAAGCAGCGAAAGUUUGGAAAGCUUCCACUUGCCCGUCGGUGUCUCCAAGCAAGGCAUCCGUGAACGCAUUUGGGACUAUAUGGAAUCACACGAUUUAGCUGACUUCCCCCGGCCUGUGCAUCACAGGAUUCCGAACUUUAAGGGUGCCUCUCGUGCUGCGCAGCAUUUCCCACACCUGCAUGCUUUCAGGGUGGCGAGAACCAUUAAAGUCAACCCCGAUGCUCCUCAGAGAAACGCCCGCUUCCUCGUGCUGGAGAGCAAAAAGACACUGCUGGUCCCAACUCCACGGCUGAGGACAGGGCUGUUUAAUAAGAUCACACCACCUCCUGGAGCCACUAAAGACAUACUGAGGAAAUGUGCCACCUCCCAGGGCGUGCGGAACUUCAGCGUCCCCAUGGGCUUGGACUCCAGUGUCCUCGUGGAUUUAGUUGUGGUGGGAUCUGUUGCUGUGUCUGAGAAAGGCUGGAGAAUUGGGAAGGGAGAAGGCUAUGCUGAUCUUGAGUAUGCCAUGAUGGUGUCGAUGGGAGCUGUCCACAAGGGGACUCCGGUCGUCACCAUUGUCCAUGACUGCCAGGUCAUUGACAUUCCUGAGGCUCUUCUAGAGGACCACGAUCUCACGGUUGACUACAUCAUCACUCCGACCAGGGUCAUUGCUACAGACUGUGCACGCCCAAAGCCAACAGGGAUCAUCUGGUCCAAGGUCAGUUGUGAGAUGCUUACGAAAAUCCCAGUGCUCAGGAUCCUCCGUGAGCGAGAGAAGCGGGCUGGAAAGGACGUCGCUCUUCAAGCUGAGCCUGGCAGCCAGCACCCAGCUCCAAGCACCAUGAGGAGACCCCAGGAUAUACCGCAGUCACAAGCAGCUUCCCUAGGAGGGUCCCAUAGCCCCUUCCAUGGAGUGGACACCCAACCAGCUGCCACUGUGUACGUGGGAAACCUGCCCUCUAAUGCUCGCGUGCGUGAACUGAAGAGAGCCCUCCAGGAGCUGGGGGCAGUGCCCCUGAGGCUUACCUGGCAGGGGCCACAGCACAGGGCCAUUCUACAUUAUGCUGACUCAGCUGCUGCCCAGCAGGCUGCCUCCCGCCUACAGGGCGUACAUCUAGGUGCCAACGCCUUGAGGGUGGCACUGGGGCAGCAGAGGGAUACAUGACCUGGUGAGCAGCCCCCAGCGGAAGAGCUGUGCCGUCUUGUUGGAAUGUCUCUGACGUGUGGUAGUUUGCUAUUGAUGGGGACCUGCUGCUGUGUGAGGUAUAGGCUCUGCUCCUUCUGGGAAGAGGCCACACUUUCCUAAUGCAGCACAUCACAACUCUCAGGAUACCACAAACUCCGACUUAUUCUAACCCAUUCCAGUUUUGGUUCUGGUUGUGAGGUCCGUGUGAUAUGCCCUUGUAACAGCAUAAAUGAACGUCAGACGGAAGUUAUAGUAAAAUAUUCAGCUUUAAUUGGGGAAAGACUCACAGAGACCAAAGUUCCAGUGGAGAACAGGAACACAGAAGGGAAGGUGGGGAGCACUCCUGCAAUCUUUAUAAGUAAAAAAUAUCCUCGGGGGACCCCGCCCUACAAGCAAGGUGAUUGGCUGGGUCUCCCCUACAUGCCCUCUUGGUGCAGAAGGUCUAGGGACAAAAGGUAGAGAAUGGAGACCUGAUUGAGGGUAGGAGAGAAAGUGAACACAGACCCACAGAAAAGAGGCCAGGGCAGGGAUCCAGGGCAGGCAGCAGAGCCGCAGUCCAGCAGAACGGGUGGGUAAGGGGCUCUGCACCCGGAGAAUGGGAACCCCACUUGUGCACAUGUAUGAUAGUGUCUACCCAGGCGGCACAGCUUUAACUCCACAGGCUCAGGGCCUCACUGUCCCUCAGUGAGAAUGGGGGGUGGGGGUGGCAGCUGCCUGUGCUUGCCAAGAUGCAAUACUUGUGCCAUUGAUCCUAGGCAAAAAGUCAAAAUAAGCAUUUAUUGAAUGUUCAUGCUUGAGAAGUUUCUCAUUUUUACCAGUGGGUCUUCCACAGUGUCCAUUAACAUUGUCCUUUGCCCCAGAAGGGCAGGCCUAGAAAAAAAAUCCUGUGACACACAACACCUUGCAGGGACCUAGCCGUAGUCACUCAGUGCUAGUUCAGUAACCACCCCUUCCAAGUUGUCCCAGGUGCUAUGAAGAGUGGCUGUGGGAAGCAGGCCUUGAGCUGCGCUGACCUCUGGCCUUGCACCUGCUGGCCUGGCCUUCCCUCCGCUCCACCCCAGCACAGCCAUUUACCAUCCCAUCCUUUCCCACUCUGCUUUUCCCAGAGCUCUGCCUGCAUUUGAAUCCUCGCCUGCCCUUUGUGUCCCUUCUUACCACUGAUGUUCCCCACGGGACAGUGGCUGCAGGUUAGCAGCCCGGAGCUUUUUCCCAGACCAGCAGGGCAUGUUAUGUGAGCUGUCCAUCAGAGCUGGGAAAUGGGGAGAUGACCCUCACCCACAACCAGCCAUGCCUGACUCCAGUCACUCAGGUCACCCAGAUGUGUUGACACACAGUCUGAGCCACUUGUGUCUUUGUGUAAAGUGGCAUCAGCACUGAAGCCCCGGUGCCCUCAGUCUCAGCCAUG